ACUAACUGACAAGUGAAAUUGUAGCUUUUGGAUUUGGGCGGUUUUUAAAAUGUAACCUUUUACUGUCUGUUUAUGUAUCUAUUGUAACGCAAUCAUUUGAUUAUUCAGUUUGUGUUGUGCGUAUACGUAUACCGUGUUUAAACGUUUUUAUGGAAUGAUGGUAGCGUGGUUUUCAUUGUUAUAUUCCAUAUAGCAAAUUCUUGUCGUUUUCAACACUGCAGUGAUUUUGAGUGUCGGCUAAUUUUGUUUGUAAAUUAAUUUGAGAGUACAAAAUUCAUUAAAAUGACUUUAGGCCGUAGUUCAGCGAAUAUGUUAUCAACUUAUCAAGGGGAGUCAAAACAUUGUGUUAAAUCUGUUUUUCAUAAUGUUCAAUUCUCCAAAAGUAAUCAUCCAACUAAUAAAAAGGUUCUGACAGAUAUUUACCAAAAGAGUGAUUUUGAAGAUUUCUUCGAAGACUUCAAAUUUUGCCUAGAGGCUUGUCUCAUGCAUGAAGAAAAAUCAGCUAGUGUGGAGAGAACCCUAGAUUUCGCUGCAGAUUUUGCUGUAUCAUUUAGUUUUGGUUUAAAAGAAGAGGAAAGUUGCCCUCUACUCGAAAGAACAUUUCAGUUCAUUUUUGAUAGUCAUGACAGUGAUAUACAACUGGUCCGGUUACGCAUCUGCCAGCUUAUGAACCGGUUGCUAGACAACAUGGGGCAUGAUGCCACUGUUCUCGAGGCAACUUACAACAAGAUUGCAGUGAACAUGUUGAUGAGAAUGCAGGAUUCUAUGUCAAGUGUCAGGACCCAAGCUGUGUAUGCUCUCCAUCGCCUUCAGAGCCCCAACGAUCCUAAAUGUGACAUAAUCCAAGCAUUCAUCUACCACAUGACCCAUGAUCCCAGUCAUGAAGUGCGGCGAGCAAUCAUACAGAAGAUUGCCGUCAACAAAAUGACUCUGGCUUCCAUUCUGACUCGGAUGAAAGACAUAAAAGAUGCAGUACGGAAGGAGGCGUAUGUCGUUAUCAGCCGAUUUCUCAUCCGCCAGUUCACCAUCAAACAGCGGCAGCUCAUCUUGGAAUGUGGCUUGGGUGACAGAUCUGAAAUAUCACAAAAUUUUGUGAUUGAAGUUCUUGUGCCAAAGUGGCUGAAAUAUUUCAAUAACAAUUACUAUGAGUUUUUGGAGUGUAUUCAUGUUGAGAAGAUUCCAGAAACAGGGUUGAAACUUCUGAAAGCUUUGUUUGCAAGACAACAUGGAGUGAUCCUUGAAUCAAACUUGAAGGACAUGUGGAUUGUCAACCAGAAGAUUGUAUAUGAGAAACUGAAUGUUGCUACUGCAGUGUUUUGGCGAGCCAUGGCUGAGUUUGUCAGACCAACAGAUGAAGACGAUAAGUUUGAACAUAUCUUUGAGCAGGUUCUCCCAGACCUCACGCCCUUCUGUAAAUACAUUCGGGAGUAUUAUUUCCCUGAAGAGGCUAGUGAUGAACUGCCUGAAGAGAAGGAACCACAGAAUGGAGAAGACUCUCCAAAUACCAGUAGGCCGGGAGAGGAGACACAACAAAAGAACACCACCACGCAUGUGCCAGAUGAGACUGUGUUGAUCCAGCUGCUGGAAAUGUGCAAGGUGUAUGACCUCUCAGACGAGAUGGGCAGGAGUUCCUUGCAGCAGCUCUGCGUGGACUUGCUGCAAAGUGAUAGAGUGACUCUGCAGAGUGUCGUAGUACUGGCUAGUCUGCUGGAUCACAUUAUUCCUGACGUGAAUACCAAGCUGAAUGUUAUGGCUGAGAUCAUUACAGAUCUCCGGGAACCCCUUCAGGCACUUGACUCCUCCGUCUAUGUCCCUAAUUUGCUAUUGCUGGAAGCUGAGGAAAAAAAAAAAGAGUUGAUGGAGAAAAUCACUGAACUUACUACUGAAAUGGAAAUAGCAGAAGAAUUGGGCGACUGUGAGAGGAUUGAAGAGAUCAAAGUUGCAAAUGCUUCAUUAAAAAAAGAGCUAACAAUUAUGAAUACUGUUUCACCAAAUGAGCCCGGAAGAAUGGUUAACAACGAUCCAGAUACACUGAAGAAGUGUCUGACAAUUGUUGUAGAGAUAAUAAAGACAGGGAAAAUCACCAAGAUGGAUCCCACACUGUACAGUCUAAACGAGAACUUUAUUAUCCCAACUCUUAACUUGAAGGACGAAGAGCCAGGACAAAUUGUUACAAACUUGACUCUUCGAGUCCUCAGUUCAUUUUGUGUGUUGGAUGCAGAAUUGGCUAAAGAAUACUUCUUCUUCUUUUGUUUCAAGAUUACAAAAAAUGAUUUGUCAAUAACAGCUCUCAAGUGUGUGUUUGACCUCUUACUUGUGUAUGGAUUGAGCUACUUCAACAUACAGGAUCCAGAUGAAGAGACCAAUGAAGGUUCAGAAGAAACGGAACAGAAAAACCUGGUAGUGCUUCUCAUGUCACUGCUUGAGUGUAAAUCAGAUGACAAGAAGAGAGUAGCAGUGACAGGGUUGAGCAAGCUCCUGUUUUCUGGCAGAGUCAAAUCUUCUAAGCUGGUUGUCAAGUUGAUCAUGCUGUGGUUUGACCCCAACUAUGAGUGUGAUCCAUACAUCAGGCAAACUCUGGGGAUUUUCUUUCGCAUGUUCGCCACCAGCUGUUCUCACGCUCCCCAACUGCUUCUACAGGCCUUCCUGCCCACCAUCAAGAAGUUUUUUGCUCUUGACUUCACUGAUCCCCUAGCCGAGAUUGAUGUGGAGACUGUGGCUAAUCUUAUGGUGGAUCUCACGAGGCCUAACAUCAACAAACGUGCACCUAAAGAUCAGAGCAUUCACAACCAGUUGGCUAUAAAGCUUUGUGAGGAAGUUCUAACCGAAGAAUAUGAGCCAGUCAACUGUAUAGUGUUCCUUAAGAUUCUGGGUCAUUUAGAGUUGAACUAUGACCUGACUACAGACAUUGCCAUCAUCUCCGCUUUGGUUGCAAGAAUGGUGAAGACUACAUCCAAAAGUGACAAACAUCUGCAGCGUCUGGUUGUCAAGUUUGAGAUGACUCUGCAAGCACAGUUGGACAGGAACAAGACGGUUUCUACUGUCAAUAACACACUACCUGCGGAGCUUUCCAUUCAGUCUGGAGUCACUAGUCAAACUAGUGCCAGCCAAAUAUUGUUGGGUGACAGAGAGAACGUGGUCUCAGAGGAUGAGGAAGCAUCAGAUAAAGAGGAAGAGAGCCAAGAUGAGACUGUUAGUCGCGUGGUCGGUGAGGAGGAUGAAAUCAUCGAAGGAACUCCAGAAUCUUCGGAUAACGAGUCGGAUGAUAGUCCUCCUGCUGUAAAAUCUGCUCGGUUAUCAGAAGACUCAAGCUUUAAGCUCCCAGCAGUUCCCCCCUCAGAGACAUCCUUUAAAGUUCCAAACAAAACUCUUAAAAGGAUUAUAAAAACACCAGCCAAGAAUUCUUCUAUAACCUCAUCAAAUUCAAGAAACUCUGAUCUUGAAGGAUCAGUCCAGACAUCUGGAAAAACACCGAAGAAGAGGUCUAAUGUUUCGACUACAGACGCUUCAGCCAAAACUCCAGCGAAAAAAUCUCAUCUUCAGAAAGUAAAGACGCCAGCAAAAACACCAUUGAAGAGUGCAAAAAUAGCAUCUAAGAGUAGAGUGGAUGCUGUAGAAACUCCAGUGAAAAAUGUAAAUGAAGAUCAUCUGGCCUCUGAUAGAGUAACAAGAUCUGCAAGGAAGCGGAAAUCAUAAAGCUAUUUUAGAAAGUUGAAAUGAAAUAAUACCAUUAUUGAUACCUUGUUUUAGACCUAAAUGUUAACCAUAAUGUUAUGAUUUUAAAAUUGUAAUUUUUAAACUGCACUUGUAUAAUUAAAAAUGUAAAAUGGUUAAUGCAUCUACUUGUUGUUUUAAAUAAAUAGAAUUUAAUGUUUAUAA